AUGUCACAGGAUCUCGAGGAAAACUCAGGGAAUCUCCUACCAUCUACCCAGACCUUUCUCUCCAGCCAGGCAGGCUCUUCGCAAACUAAGAAAGCUCGACAUGUUGGCAUUGUCGGUGUCGGGUUCGCGGGCCUGCGAUGCGCAGACAUUCUACUCGCGCAGGGACUCGAGGUGACGAUCCUUGAAGCGCGCGAUCGGAUUGGAGGAAGGGUCCACCAGACCGACUUGCUGGGCCAUCCAGUAGACAUGGGCCCCAACUGGAUUCACGGAACAUCUACCAAUCUGAUCAUAGCCCUAGCCAAAGAGACCGGAGCUGUGCUUUGCGGAAUGGAAGACACUCCUUUCAUCUUUGGAAGGAGUGGCCAGGAGGUCGAUCCGGAGAAGGUUGCCUGGGCCCUAGACACGGACUUCUUUGCUGAUCAGGUUCAGAAUAUGGGUCUGUGCGACACAGAUUCGACGCUCGUUAUGGACAUGGCUGCGAUGUGGGGAGGAUUCAUUGGUGAUUCCUGGGAGCGACAAAGUAUGAAGUAUAUGUGGUUGGAGGAAUGCUUGGGUGGCGACAAUCUGUUCGUCAACACCCACGGGAAAAUCCUGGACCGCGUUGCGAACACGGCUCUCCAAAAGGCAACAAUGCACUUCAACACAGCCGUCACGACGAUUACCAAUUCUCCAGACAAAGACCACCGAGUGUUUGUGCAAACGAAGGAUGCUCAUACCUUUGAAUUCGACGAAAUAGUGGUGACAGUACCACUAGGAGCACUCAACAACCACAGUAUCGAAUUCAACCCACCCCUGGCUCCUCAAAUCACCCGAGCCAUCUCAGAAGCCACGUACAGCAGCUUGGAGAAAGUCCAAGCCUGGAAUCCUUCGCGCACUUCCUCACCCGAGUACACCAUGCAAUCGAGCCCGGACUCCUGGGACAUUGAAGUUCUCUCCCUCGCCUCGAGCGAGGUCUUCGGCGCAGACAACACCCAACCGACCCUUCUUUUCCAGCUGUACGGGUCCUGCGCGGCCAAGUUGAUGCCGCUCAUCGCGCCACACGAUCCCACCUCUGCGGAAUACUUCCAGAUCAUCAAUGAUUUCUUUCAACUGUAUUACAGCCGCCUUCCGAACUACCGAGCCACUGACUCAGAUUGUCAUCCGGAAUCCGUUCCCACGACGAACUGGCAGAAUGACAAGCUCGCCGGAAAUGGCUCGUACAUGAAUUUUACGAUUGGCGUGGAGGAGAAGCAGAAGAAGCAGAAGUCGGAGUACAAGCUGGAAGAGGGGAUCCAAGCCCUCCGACACGGACAGCCCGAGCGUCAUAUCUGGCUGGCCGGGGAGCAUACAGCGCCUUUUGUUGCGCUGGGAACUCUGACCGGUGCGUAUUGGAGUGGCGAAUUUGUUGCAGUGAGGCUCCUACGGACUUGCAAAUUCUGCACAUACAGCUUGGUUGUUGCCGUCCACUUUAUGGGAUGCAUGGAGAAAGUCCGUGCUGCAACGGUUCCUGGGAUGCAGGGACUUUUUACCUGCAUCCCCGGUGGCCUCAUCUUCAAGGUCCUCACCGUUAUCUUCCAGGCCCUGGAGCAUGGCGAGAUACUCCUGGUGUAUCUGCUCCACGGUUGA